AUGGCCAACCUGCAAAUGGUUUACGAGACUGUCAGCGCCCAGCUGGCGGUCCUUUCCCAGGCAACGGCUGACUUGUACCUCGAGGGAGUAAAAGAAGCCGCUGACCUUGUUCAUCACCAACAAUUCAUUGUUAUCGUCGUGCCGCCCAAGGUCCUGGGCGAGUUUCAAAAACUCCUUGAAGAUGUUACCAUAAUUCUUCACACGAUUGAGUCCAACCUCACGCCUGCCCUGGCUCGUCUCACCCCCCUCAUCGUCGAGGAGGUCAAGGCGUCGAUUCGUGACGCACUGCCACCGUGCAACGACUGGACGCCUAUCAACAUUAAUCACGCGUCGCUCCGCAUCGUGGCCCAGGUUCCCGGCCGUAUUUUCAUUGGUGCUGAGCUCAGCCGCUCCGGGGAGUACCUGGACGCUGCCGUCAACUACACCGUCGAGGUGAUGGAAGCCGUUCGCGCUCUCGACACAGUGCACCCCUGCCUGCGCCCACAGCGCCUGGCGCUGGCAGACGAGUUGCUGCGCCCCGUCGUUGCCGCCCACCGGCGUAUGGAGGGCAGCGAAAAGCCAGACGACAUGCUGCAGUGGCUCAUGAACGGACAAGACAGUCUAAUCUUCGUGGCCGUUCACACCACGGGUGUCACCUUGACCAAUGCCCUACCCGCAACAUUCCCCGAACUUCGCGACGAAAUCCGGCCCGUUCUGGCCGAGCAUAAAGACGUCCUUAACAACUCGACGCUGCAGGCCAUGAAGAAGGUCGACAACUUCCUCAAGGAGACGACGCGACUGCAACUCUUUGGCUUCGACGCCAUGCAGCGUCAGGUCAACAAGACGUUCACCUUGUCCAACGGCCAGGUCAUCCCGGCUGGCGUGGUCGUCCAGGUUUCUUCAGCAACCAUCAGCCGGGACGCCGACAUCUUCCCGAACCCUGACAAGCUCGAUCCCUGGCGCUUCUUCCGGUUGCGGGAGGAGGCCCGGGCGCGGGCGCUGAUGAUUGUGCCCAGUCUGUUCCUGAAUUACGACAUCAGGUUGCCCGAAGGAGUUCAGGAGAGGUACCCGAAUCUCUCGUUCGGGCCAACGCUACACCCCAUACGCCGGAGACCAUGUGCCGGGAUCACAUGCUAA